GCAUGUGCCUUCAGUCGUCUCUGAACAGCGGUAUUUCAAAAUGGCCGACAGCACUAACCCUCAUAACUCUUCAAAAUGUCCUCGUACUUUAACUGACGACGAAAGGAGCAAAUUAGAUAAGGAUACUACUAUGAUAUCUGACUUCAAAAGAGAAAAGCUAGAGAAAGAAGCGAUAAAAAAUUGGGAUUUAUUUUACAAGAGAAAUUCAGCCAACUUCUUUAAGGAUCGACAUUGGACGACACGAGAAUUUCAAGAACUUUUAUGUGAUCAAAAUCAGCCAGAUCAGAAGACAGUCAAGGUCAUACUUGAAGCAGGUUGUGGUGUUGGUAAUUUCUUUUAUCCACUUCUUGAAGARGGUUACAAUCUAUAUAUCAAUGCUUGUGAUUGCUCACCAAGAGCUGUACAGUUUGUUAAGGAUCAUUCCUUGUACAAUCCCAGUCAAGUCAAUGCCUUUUGUUGCAACCUUACACAAGACCAACUUACAGAUAAUAUCCAAGAAAGCAGUGUAGAUAUAGCAACUUUAAUAUUCGUUCUUUCAGCUAUUCGACCAGACAAAAUGUUGAAAGUUCUUCAAAAU